AUGAAAACUAGAAAUUGGGAAAGCAAGAAACAAAGAUUAGAAAAUCUUAAUCGAAAAAAUGAAUUAAGUAAAUAUAUACAGUAUAUUUGUAAGAGAAACAAAAAAGUGUCCAGUAGAUUUCUGAUACUAAUAGAAAUUUUUUCUGCAAUUUUUCAACCUUUUAUCAAAUAAAUAAAGAUUUAAAAAUUCCUUGUUUUGAGUAUUAUGCCUUCAUAUUUAGAUAUUUAUCAGAACAAUUACAUGUACAGGAACUUUUUACAAAUCAAUAAAUUUUUGAAUUGUAAGAGGAAUUGUCUAAAUAAUGGAUCCCUAAAAUAAAAAAGAAUUGGGCUGAGGAAGAUAAACAAAUUCUUAUAUGGAUUGUAUUGAAAAUCUGUUCUAGAGAUAGCAUUCACAUUAGAAAAAUUGUAUUAUAAUUGAUUUUAAAAACAGCCAAGUAAAGUAUGGGAAGAAGUAGAGCAAUUAAUCAGCAGGAGGACUGUUGACUAAUGUAAAAUCAAAUGGAAUGAUCUUUUGAAAUUAUCCUUAUAGCAAAUACCAUGGACACAAGAUUAAGAUGAAUAUUUAAUAUAAUUGAUUAAGUAUAAUUGAAAAUUAGUUUUAGUUAAAGCAAGGACUAAGGAAUGUAAAACAAAUGGUGUAUUAUAGCAAAUUUACUAAAUGCGUAGUUUAAGGAAUCUCCGAGAACAGGAAAAUAAUGCAGAGAAAGAUGGAACAACCAUCUGAAUCCAGAUAUAAAUAGACAUUCAUGGAGUUUAGAGGAAGAUAUUGAAUUAUUAGAAUUAGUAAAGAAGAAGUAAAGAAAAUGGGCACUUAUCUCUAAAAUAUUAAAAUCGAAAAGAAGUGAAAAUGCUGUGAAAAAUCGUUAUAAUUGCUUAUUGAAAAAAAAUAAUUGUUAAUCAAUUGCAAGUUUAAUUGAUGCAUUGAAGAAAAAGUAUAAAUCUGAAAAUCCAGAGGGUCCUUUGUUAUAAAUUAAAAAAAGAAAAUUAAUUCAUAUCACGUAAAGUACAAUUAUUAAUUAAUUUUAAUAAGCUUAACAAACAUAAAACUAAAGAAUAAAUACUGAGUUCAGUAUCUAGUAUUUUGAUAUAAACGAUAUUAAUUAGAUGAAAUGUCUGACUCCUGCUUUUUAUGAUUCUUAGAAUUAAAUUCUAUUUAUAAGCAAUAAAAAUUAAUUGGUAUCUUUUUUAAGUAACCAAAUGAUUAAAGUUGAAAGUGAUUAAAAUAUCUAACAUUUUGACCAAAAUAAUUAAUAGCAUGAAUUCUCUAAUUAAAUGAGUGGUUUAUUAAAUUUAGUAGAUUCAUCAAAUUUUGCAAAAUUUGUACCUUGCAUGCUUGCCAAUCAAUAGAUUCCAAUACAAUAAGAAAAGAAGUAAUUUAUAUAGUUGAUAUUUAUUCAAGAUCUUAAUUUAAUAUUCCCAACAUUCCUGGAGCAAGAAUAGAAUAAACUAAUUCAGAGAAGGUACCCAAAAGUAAACUCUCCUUUUUUUCCUCAAAAUUUAUUGAUUUAAAGAAUAGAGUUGCUAUAGAAUAGGAAGAGAACAAUUAAUAAAUUAAAAAUUGUAAAUGA